CUAUUUAAACUCCAAAACACAACUUAAGACCCUAGGGAAUCAUAGUCACGGGUUCAUUGACAAAACAGUGAACUGCUACCGAACAAGAUGUCGUGUCGGUGACGGAGCCAGACAGCUUACAGGUUCAAGCAUUUGGUGUUUAUAAUAUUAAACUAGACCCACAAACAAUAGGAGGUGGAACAAGCUGCAGCUUACAAGAUCAAACCAAUUGCUAUUUUCAUAAUAUGUGAUCAAACCGCUCGGAGUCUGAUUGGAGGGAGUUGGUGGAACAAGUUGCAGCUUACAAGUUUAAGUGGUUGACAUUUACAAUUUUCAUGGUAUUUAAAUCAUCUCUGAGUGAGUUAUGAGAGCCAUCACUCUUUUAUGACCAUAGGCCCAUAUGUCAUUACAAUAGUUUAUCCUAUUGAGCACCAAUUAAUGAGUUGGCCUACAAAGGAGGGCACCACCUCAAGUUAAAAAAGUCAACUUUUCUCUUCAUUUUGGAAGAAAACAAAAUCUUGUUGUCAUAUUGUUAUGAGUUAGUCUACCUUCUAACAGUUUACUGCAUUGUAUGCUAAAAACCUACCUGCGAAAUUCGUUUUCUGAUCGUGGAGUAAAGCCAAAAGCUUACCAUAUUAGUUGACUUUUACCCUCACAAGAACGCUUGAAUGGAGUAUCAUUCCAUACCUUUAUUGCUCUUCACUACCUUGUUCUUACUGGUAUCAGAGUGUGGAGCACUUGAUACCAUAUCUACAAAAAAAGCAAUCAAAGAUGGCGAAACAAUUGUUUCGCAUGGUGAGAUGUAUGAACUCGGCUUCUUUAGCCCUGGAAAGUCCAAGAACCGAUACUUGGGGAUAUGGUACAAAAAGAUAUCAACAGGUACAGUCGUCUGGGUUGCUAACAGGGACACCCCAAUCAACGAUGCAUCUGGCACGCUCAAAGUCUGCCGAGAUGGAAACCUGGUGAUUCUCAGUGGUGAUAACACCGUGAUCUGGUCAUCCAAUUCGACGGUAUCGGCAUCAGUGGGGAGUAAUGAUUUUGUAGCACAGCUUCUGGAUACUGGAAAUCUUGUUGUAUGGGAUGAAAAUAGAAAUAGCACGAACAAAAAUCUUCUUUGGGAGAGUUUUGAUUAUCCAGGUGACACAUUACUGCCAGGAAUGAAAUUCGGGAAGGACUUGGUAACAGGGUUACAGAAGUCCUUGACAUCUUGGAAGAGUCCUGAUGAUCCUUCUUGCGGUUUGUAUAAUCAUAUACUAGACACAAACGGAUAUCCUCAAGCAUUCGGGAGGCACGGUUCGGUUUUACUAUCAAGACUUGGACCAUGGACCGGUGUCAGCUUUAGUGGCUUUGCUACAGAAAUACCAAAUCAUAUAUCUUCAACUGAGUUUGUUAUUAGUGAGAAGGAAAUAUAUGUUAAAUAUGAACUUAUAAGUUCAGUUGUUGAGAGGAGAGUAUUAACAUGGGAUGGAAAGUUAAUGAUUUUGCGUUGGAUCGAUCAGAAACGGGAGUGGAUUGUGUAUGCAGAUACCGGAGGAGAUAGUAGUUGUCCGUUUGAACUCUGUGGUUCGUACGGACUUUGUAGCAUUAACAAGCAUCCACCAUGUAGUUGUAUGCAAGGUUUUGAGCCGAAAUUCCCACAAGAAUGGAAAGCGUCUGACUGGUCGAGUGGGUGUCAACAUAAGCCUUUGGAUUCAAUGAAUCGGGGCGGGUUUCAGAAAAUUUCAGGAAUAAAAUUACCAGACACGCGGUUUUCCUCGUAUAAUCAUAGCAUGACCCUUGGAGAAUGUGAGAUGACCUGCAGGAGGAAUAUCUCUUGUACGGCUUAUGCAAAUUUAGAUAUCAGAAAUGGCGGAAGUGGAUGUUUGCUAUGGUUUAAACAACUAAUGGAUGCCAGAGAAUACGAAGGUGAAGAUCAUAACAUUUACAUAAAAAUGGUUGCCUCUGAGUUAGCAGGUGGCCACCAGUCCGAUUCGGACAAAUGGAAAAGGGUACUCACCACCAUCUUAUCAAUUUCAUCAGCUGCCCUUGUUCUUUUUGCAGUAGCGUCUGCCUGUAGAAAGAAAAAGAGAAGGCUUCACAUGAAAAAGAAAGAAGACUUGGAAGGCGCCUUUGAUAAGAAGAAUACUAGCGUGCAGAUGAAUUUUCUUGAUGAUAUACCAUUCAUUUGCCUAUAUAAAAUAGCAAAGGCCACAGAUAACUUCAGUGUCUCCAAUAAGAUAGGUGAAGGUGGUUUUGGUCCCGUUUACAAGGGUGUGUUGGAAGACGGACAAGAAGUAGCUGUGAAACGGCUCUCAAGCACAUCUCAGCAAGGGCUUGAUGAGUUCAGGAAUGAACUUGUUUCUAUUGCCAAGCUUCAGCAUCGAAAUCUCGUGAAGCUUCUUGGAUACUGUAUUGAUGGAAAUGAAAUGGUCUUGAUUUAUGAGUACAUGGCUAACAAAAGCUUGGACUCCUUUAUAUUUGAUGAAACAAGAAGUUCAAUGCUUGACUGGCCUCAACGCUUUCAAAUUAUACUUGGAAUGGCUCGAGGUAUUCUCUAUCUACAUCAAGACUCCCGUUUUCAAAUCAUACAUAGAGAUCUCAAGGCAGGCAAUAUACUGCUGGACAGUGACAUGAACCCAAAAAUAUCUGACUUCGGCCUUGCAAGAACGUUUGUAGGACAUGAUACCACUGCCAAGACAAAGAAAGUGGUCGGGACAUAUGGUUACAUUCCUCCGGAGUAUGCUGUACAUGGGCGUUUCUCUAUCAAGUCGGAUGUAUUUAGUUUUGGUGUUAUGGUAUUGGAGAUAGUUAGUGGGAAGAAAAACAGAGAAUUCUCUCAUGAAGACCACAACGACAAUCUUCUUGGACAUACAUGGAGACUCUACAAAGAGAAUAAGUCCAUUCAACUAAUGAAUGCAUGCUUACGCGCCUCAUGUGUGGACUCUGAAGUACUAAGAUCAAUACAUGUUGGAUUGUUAUGUGUGCAACAUCAUGCAAAAGAUAGGCCAAGUAUGUUAUCCGUGCUUUUGAUGCUGCUCAGUGAGGGUGUGCUACCUGAACCAAAACAACCUGCUUUUUUCACAGAUGAGAAUUAUGGUGAAAUUAACUGCGCUUCCUCGCUUGACGAAAACAUGAUAACACGAUUGUAUCCACGAUAGCAAACAGAUGUCUAUAAUAGAAAUAGUCCGCAGACUUUGUAAUCUUUUAAGAGUUCCCUAUUAAGCACUACCUGGUAUUUUUGUUGAACAACACAAAUCGAUAUAUUAA